AGAUGCUAAAUAUUCAAACCGUCCCAAUCUGCAGAAAAAAAUCCAUCGGAAUUUCUUUUUGGAAUCACUCAAACAGUGGCUACAGUGUCGGACUGCGGUAGUCUCGGAAUUUAAUAUCGGAAUUUCACUGAAGUGGAAUAUUUUUGCAGUUUUUUUAACGUCGUAUUUCAUAUUGGUUGUUGAUAACGAACAACAGCAGAAUCUUGUUUUUGGUCGACUGAGCAAGGAGCUGUGCGAAGCACGACAAAUAUACACAGUCGAUCAUCGCUCAACAAUCGGUAUGGCGAAAGAGAAGGACUGGCACUCCAGCAAGAGGAUCCACAAACGGACGGCGUACCUGCUUGACCAUCCUGACUCUGAGAUUCCGAGCGAUAUCACCUUCGUGGUGGGGGAUGGAUGCAGCGAACCCAAGAAGACCUUCAAAUGCCACAAAUUCAUCUUGGCGCUGGUUAGUUCCGUGUUCCAAGCUAUGUUUUAUGGGAAUUUCGAGCAAGUCGAAGUCAUUGAAUUACCCGAUAUUUCGCCAUUGGCUUUCGACUAUAUGCUGCAGUAUGCAUAUGCUGAUGAUUGGACUUUCGCGGACUCGGAGCCUUUAGCCAACGUCAUGCAAACGUUGUAUUGCGCCAAGAAGUAUCUGAUCAGAAAAUUGAUGCGUGCGUGUCGUGAUCAUGUCCAGUCUCAUGUUAAUUAUUCGGAUGCAGCUGAUGUAAUGCAACAGGCACGCCUUUUGGGAGAGGAUGAUCUCGCAGAAAUUGCUCUGGAAGAGAUCCGUCGGUGUACAUCUCUUUUCUUGGAUACAGAGGAAUUUCUAUCUCUUCCUUUGGACUCAGUAAAAGAAAUUCUGGAUCAAAAUAACUUGGAUGCUUCUGAGCCGAAAAUUUAUCAAAGUGUUUGCCGGUGGAUCAAACAUAACGUCCCAUCUGAAACCACUACGCUGCGUGAGCGUUUUGGUUCAUUAUUUCGUUUGAUCCGUUUUCCGGCGUUCACUCCUGUGGAAUUAUCGGAUGGCCCAAUAAAGGAUGGCUUGUUGACGACCGAUGAAGUGUACAAUUUAUUCCAGUACUAUUUUGCAACGCCAAAACCGGCCGUGCCUUUUCUGACAACGCCACGUAAGGCUCCGGCUGAAGGAGGCGUUUUGCAGUUUACAUUGGACAUCCCACGCACUGAUAGGGACGCCCUUGCUCAUGAGACUUUCAAUGACCAUAUUGCAAUUAACCUGCGUCCCGAUCUGGCUCCUGAAUGUGUUGCAUUCUUAGAGGAGAUCGUUGGCGGCAAUUAUGCUCUGGAGUUUAGGGAAUAUCCCAAUGAGCACAGCAAGGAGUGCACGCGUAUUCCCCCGGUGGUGGUCCAAGAACGGAAUCCCUUCUCGCAUACCAUUGAGGGAGCUUGCUGGUUGGAAUGGACAAUCAAAGGCGGAAAGGUGUGCAACUUAAAUAUCGCAGCAUGGAGGGAGCCCACCGCUUACCAUAGUGCGGUUUUUGGUUUCGUUGACAAUAAAGACGCCGUGGAUAUAUUUACGGGCUUUGAUCUAUGGGACAACUUCUGUCCUGGAGGUCGCGCAAUAAAUUUCUUUUUGAGUGAUUUUUGAUUAUACAAAAUGCGCAUACUAAUAGUUUGUUAAUUUUUCUAAAACAGAAACAGAAAAUUUGUUCGUUUCUUUAUCGAUUACUUACUCUGUCUCGUCUGUAUACAGUUUUCGCUCUUUUCAGUAUGUACCGCCUUGUAAAUGCGUUUGAUUAUCGUUGGGAAGAACACUUCUGAAAAAGGGGUGCAAAGAAGU